AUCCUUUGUUGUUGUUUUUGUGUUUUUCUGUAUUUUUGUUUUUAUUUUUGUUGUACUUUUGCAUCGUCGUCCGUCGUACGGUUCUGUUUUCUGUUCUGUAUUAUAUGACAAAUCAUGCUGUCUCUUGUCUUCCAAAGGUGAAAAUAGAUAUUACCGAUGCUCUUCGUACUCGUCGUAAUUUUGUAUUUAAUGCAAAAAGUGCAAUAAUUUGCAUAUUGGUCCUGUUUAUAUUUUCUUGUUUUGAACUUAAAACAUUUCUCGGUUAAUAAAUAAAUGUUAAUUGUGAUUUUAUUCGAUUGAUCCAACCAAUCAAGGCACGGCGAUCUAUCAUAUAUAUAAAAAGAAGAAGGUGUCCAGAAAACCAGCACCCUGCCCGGUAACAAUAUUACAGCUAACGGCGUCGGCGACCGCGGCGAGGGGGACGGUGACGACGACGUCGAUACCCUCUACGAACAUAUUAGCCUACAGCAAGGUAUUGAUCUUCGUGACGAUAUUGUUCAAGAAGAAAUCAAUACUAUAGUUGAAUUAGUAUUACAAUUAGCAGCCCGUCCCCUAACCGCAGCAACAGCAACUCAAACAACAAACACAACAACAACAACACCAGCAGCAGCAAUAGCAGCACCACCACAAAUACCAACAACAGUAGCACCAGCUACCACACCAUCAUUUAUAUCAUCAACAACAACAUCAAUACAAACACAAACACAAACAGAAACCGAAACACAAACAGUUACACAAUCUGAUACACAAACUGAAACCCAAACACAGACAGAAACAGAAACUCAAACACAAACAGAAGAAGAAACUGGAACAGGAACAGAAACAGGAACAACUAUGGAAACUGAUAAUGCAGCUAAUUUUGCAAUGAUAACUUCGCCUCCGGCUGAUGCUAUUGAUAAAACAAUAUGUGUUUCAACAACAAUAAUCUCAGAUAGACAACUCGCAUACAUGGUUGGUGAACAUCAGGAAGAAGAAGCUAUGGACACUCAAGAGGCUGAUAAUAGCUUAAUAAUACCGCCUCCCAUUGAACCACCAACUCCUCCCGAAACACCGCCUGAUAGUCCAGAACCAGCUGGAUUAAAUCAGCAACCGCAGCAGGAGGAACAGCAGCAGCAGCUCAUUAAGUCAGAUCUAACCAAACCAGUGCAAAUCUUAGAAAAACCGCAACCUCAUCUAGAAGAGGAAGCGGAAACACGCCAAGUGGCUGAUAUUGAUGAUGAUGCAAAUAUGAAACCAGCAUCACCAAUUGUAGUAGAUUCAUUGACGACACCAAAUGAAAUAUUAGCCAGUAUGGAUACAACCACAAGCCCCCUACAAGCCGAUGAGGACGAUGCCGCUAUUGCUGCUACGGCAAUCGAACAAAAAAUUCAACAAGAAAAACAACAACAACAAGAACAGCAACAAAAACAACAACAACAACAACAAGUAGUUGAUGUUGCAAAAGUAAGUUCAACAACAGGACCAAAAUUAGAAGAUGAAGUUCGUUCCGAGGCGACUUUUUCUUACAUUGUGCGAAAUAUUUCAAAACUAAAAGAAACCGAACUAUCACCACCAACAUAUGUACGCAAUUUGCCAUGGCGAAUUAUGGUUAUGGUGCGAAAUCCUCGCAAUCAACCAGAAGCCAAGUCACUAGGAUUCUUUUUGCAGUGCAAUGGCGAAAGUGAUUCAACUACAUGGUCAUGUAAUGCUUCGGCUGAAUUGCGUUUAAAGUCAUUCAAAGCUGGUCAAGAGGCUUUUGUGCAGAAAAUCAAACAUCUCUUUUAUAGCAAGGAGAACGAUUGGGGAUUCUCGAUUUUCAUAGCCUGGAAUGAUAUAUUCAAUCCGGAUAAGGGUUACGUUCAGAACGAUUGUAUUGUGUUGGAAGUUCAUGUUAUGGCUGAAGCACCACACGGAGUAUUUUGGGAUUCAAAGAAGCACACAGGUUAUGUUGGACUAAAAAAUCAAGGAGCUACUUGCUAUAUGAAUUCAUUAUUGCAAACGCUCUACUUUACUUGUCAGCUUAGAAAGUCUGUUUAUAAAAUGCCCACCGAGGCCGAUGAUAGUUCGAAGAGUGUUGGCUUGGCAUUGCAAAGAGUAUUCCAUGAUUUGCAAUUUGCCGACAAACCAGUUGGUACUAAGAAAUUGACCAAAAGCUUUGGAUGGGAGACAUUGGAUUCCUUUAUGCAGCAUGAUGUGCAAGAAUUUUUGCGUGUUUUACUUGACAAACUUGAAUCUAAAAUGAAGGGCACAUGCGUUGAGGGUACUGUUCCUCAUUUAUUUGAAGGCAAAAUGUCAUCGUACAUUAAAUGCAAAAAUGUGGAUUGCAAUAGUACUCGCUGUGAGACUUUCUAUGAUAUUCAACUCAAUAUUAAGAACAAAAAGAACAUAUAUGAAUCGUUCCAUGACUAUAUCGAUCCAGAGACUUUGGAGGGCGAUAAUAAAUAUGACGCGGGUAUACAUGGCUUGCAGGAAGCAGAAAAAGGUGUUAUAUUUACUUCUUUCCCGCCGGUUUUGCAUUUGCAUUUGAUGCGAUUCCAAUAUGAUCCGUUUACUGAUAAUUCAGUUAAAUUCAAUGAUCGUUUUGAGUUCUAUGAUGAAAUCAAUUUGGAUAGCUAUUUAGCUGAGAAAGAAUUAACCCCGGCUACCUAUAAAUUACAUGCAGUAUUGGUACAUUCGGGUGACAAUCAUGGUGGCCAUUAUGUCGUCUAUAUUAAUACCAAUGCUGAGGGUAAAUGGUGUAAAUUUGACGAUGAUGUCGUCUCGAGUUGCACAAAGACGGAGGCCAUCGAACAAAAUUAUGGCGGAGCCGAUGAUGAAAUUGCCAAUGCAAAAAAUUGCAGCAAUGCCUACAUGUUAGUGUACAUUCGUGUUUCUGAAUUACCACGUGUUUUACAGGAGCUUACAGAGAAUGAUAUUCCAUCAGAUUUGGUAGAACGUUUAAAUGAGGAAAAGCGUAUGGAGCAAGUUCGCCGCAAAGAUCGUGCUGAAGCUGGAUUGUAUUUAGCUAUUCAUGUUAUUCUCGAAGAGUACUUCGAAGGUAAUCAAGGAACUGAAAUAUUUGAUUUGGAAAAAGUUACAGUGAGGGCUUUUAAACUCAAAAAAACUCAAACCGUUGCCGAUUUAAUCCAAACCUUUGUGCUGGCAUUCCGUGUGCAUGAGAAGCGUAUUCGAAUUUGGCCAUUGGCUCAGCGUUCCCAGGCUCAGAGAUUUACCUACUUUAAUAUUGCAGAAGAAUACAAUCGGACAUUGAGUAGUGUUAUUGAAUUACAAGGACCCUGGGUGGUGUUUCUUGAGCUGGCCAGUCCACUCCAUAUCGGUCCAUUACCUAUAUUCGAAAAAAAACGUGACAUCUUGCUCUUUUUUAAAUACUACGAUCCGGCAAAUAAACGUUUGCAUUAUUUAAAUUGCGGACAAUAUGCUUUGUCAUUCAGAAUUAGUGAUCUCGUUCCACAAGUUAAUUUACUUCUCGGCUUCGAUCCCUCCACCGAAUUGACUGUGUAUGAGGAAUGUGGUAACAAUCCAAUGCAACGUUUGACCAAUCAAUCUGAAACUCUUGGUAGGACGCUCAAUCUAUCAAAUCAUGAUAGUUUACAUGGAAACAUUUUGAUAUUCGAAAAAAAACAUGUCGAUGAGAAAUUGGAGCUACCCACAGUUGAAGAUUAUUUUCGAGAUUUAUUAUCACGCAUUGAAUUGACCUUUUGCGACAAAUCAAAUCCCAAUGAUCCAGGAUUUCUUUUGGAACUCUCAAAUCGCAACACGUAUGAUCAGAUGGCUCAUGCUGUGGCAAUCCGUAUAAAUACCGAUCCUAAUAGAAUCCAAUUCUUUAAAUGCAUUCCAAACUACAAAGACACUCCAGGAAAUGCAUUACGUUGUUUAUAUGAUUGCACUAUCAAAGAUCUAUUAUGCUUUACCAAGCCUAGAACACCAAAGAAACUCUUUUAUCAAAGACUGUCAAUGAAUAUUCACGAAUUGGAAAAUAAGAGACAAUUUAAAUGUCAAUGGCUCUCAUCGAAUCUAAAAGAAGAACGUGAAUUAAUUUUAUAUCCAAACAAAAGUGGGACUAUUAAAAACCUGCUCGAAGAAGCAGCUAAACAGAUACAAUUUUCUGAUGAAAGUACCAGAAAAUUGCGCCUGGUUGAAGUGGCUAAUCAUAAGCUUUUACCACGUCCACGUGAAGACACAACACUUGAAUCCUUACAACCACCAGACACAAUGGCCAAUCAAUCACAUCAUAAAAUCUAUCGUAUCGAAGAGGUACCACGUGAUGAGCUUCUAUUAAUGGAUACAGAAAUGUUAAUUCCAGUAGCGCAUUUUAGCAAGGAUAUUUAUAGUUCAUUUGGUAUACCGUUUUUCAUUAAAGCCCGCCAUGGAGAACCAUUUAGUGCGUUGAAAGAGCGCAUUCAAAUAAAGUUGAAUAUUCCCGAAAAGGAAUGGGAAAAGUUCAAAUUUGCAACUGUUGCAUUGGGACGAAUAGAAUAUAUUGCUGAUGACAAUCUAGCUAUAAACUUGGAUAUUUUUAAGCACACUACUCAAGGUGGCUCACCAUUACCAUUCUUUGGACUAGAGCAUGUCAACAAAUCUCAAAAACGUACCCGAUACAACUAUCUUGAGAAAGCUAUAAAGAUCUAUAAUUAGCUUCAUAUAAUUUCAAUUCGACGUUCUAUUUGUUGUACAUUUGUUCUUAAAAAGAGACAAAUAAAUUACGAGGGAACAAAGAAAAACAAAUCAAGGAUUGAAAUUUUAAAUUUAAAAAAAAAAAAAUUUAAAAGUGCAGUAAAAAAAGUCCAAAUAAAAUAAAAAAUUUACAAAACUAUAAACUGUAUAGUUUUUAAGUCAAAGAAUAAAUAAAUCUAAAACUAAAAUUAAAUAAGAAAAUAAAAAAAAAAAAUAACCCUAAAGCUGGUUUCUUAUAAAGAAAACAAUAUUCCUUGCCAUAUGAGAAUAUUAGUAAUGUUAUUGCUUUUAUGUUUUUUUUUUUUUGUUUCACUUGGUUUUUGAUUGAAUCCAUAAAAUAUUUAUUAUAAUAUAAAACAAAGAUUUUAAUUUAAUUUUUUUUUAUCUCUCUUCUAUUUGAACAAAAAAGAUAAGAAUGUUAAUUUUAAGACUGAAAGAAUGAAUUAUAUUUGUUUAUAAAUACUAUACGUUUUAUAUAAGAAAAAAUUUAUUACUCUGUAAAACUUAAAGAAAAUAUUAAUCCUUGUUCUCAGAAGAACUCAAUUUUGUAUUUUGGUUUUUAUUUUUCAAUCAAAAAUAAAUCAAAUAAUCCUGGUGCCUUAUUACGUGAAACGAAAAUAAUUGAACGGUAUUGUUAUAACAAUAAAUUUCUAUAACAUCAUGUUUAUAGAUAAGCAUAUGGAACUGCUUGCUAUUGUUAAAACAAUAUCGCCUGAUUAUUCUUCUUAAGGCUUCUGGACUUUAUCAGGCUAAGACAAAAUCAAAGAAAAGAUAUUUAAUUUUAUAAGAGAACAAUUUUUUUAAAAACAAAAAAAUUUCUGUAUUCGGAAUGAAUUAAAACAAACUUGGAUUUAUAACUGUGAAUGUACUUAAGUUAUUGUUUUGGGUCAAUGUACCAACAACACAUCACAUACUCAUUUGUUGUUAUCAUAUUUUUAUUUCAUUUCUUCACACACAACUGAAUUAAUAAAACAUAAGAAGAAAAAACAAAAACAAACAAUAAAAUUGAAAAAAAAAUAUGUACUUGAAUGUAUUUAUGUGUAUCGAUGUUUAUAUGUGUUAAAAAAAAGAAGAAAUAAAAAAACAA